AGUGAAGGACAUUUGAGGUUAUCUUCAUUCAUCAAGACAGUUUGAUCAUGAUGACAUCUCUGAGGUUAGCUUCAUACCUGACUGCUUUUUGCCUGUGGAGAAUAGCUCUGACAACUGGUGUCAAAAUGUCCUUUAAUGUGCGUCAAGAGAGAAGUUUUAUAACGGCUGACGCCGGUGACAGCGUGACUUUACAAUGUUUCUUUGAAGGUGAUGUGGCAGCAAUGAUUUUCUGGUACAAACAGGCUCUGGGACAGAAGCCAAGGCUCAUCUCUAGUUUCUAUAAACACGAUUCAAAUGGCACUUUUAGUGAAGAGUUCAAGGGCAAUACACGCUUCACAUUGGAGACUAAAGAUGGGAACAACCACUUGAAAAUCACAAAUUUGAUCACUUCGGAUUCAGCCACCUAUUACUGUGUAAGUAGCUACGCAUACAGUUUUCAAUUUGCAGAUGGAACUACUCUUAGUGUGAAAGGUACUGGUUGGAACAUCACAACGAUGGUCCGUCAGUCAGAACCUGAGACCAUCCAGCCAGGAGGCUCUGUGACUCUAAACUGUACAGUCCACACUGGGACCUGUGAUGGAGAACACAGCGUUUACUGGUUCAGAAACUCUGAAGAAUCUCAUCCAGGACUCAUUUACACCCAUGGAGGCCAGAAUGAUCAGUGUGUUAGAAAACCCAUUACAAACACUUGUGUCUACAACUUGCCAAUGAAGAACCUGAAUCUUUCUCAUGCUGGGACUUACUACUGCGCUGUUGCCACAUGUGGACACAUUCUGUUUGGAAACGGAACCAAGCUGGACUUAGCCAAUGCUGAAAACGCUCCUGACUCUCUUGUGUUUUUCUUGAGUGGAUGUUUGGCAUUCACCACCAUCCUGGUUGUUGCACUGAUUAUCUAUGUAUGCAAGAUGAACAAAAGAAGCUGCCAAUCUUUAGAGUCUCAAAGAGUGUCAGCCUCCACUACAACAACGGCAGAGGGUGACCAGGAAGCAGACAACCUCCAUUACGCUGCCCUGAGUGGUCACAAGGCCAGCAGAUCAAGGAAACAGAGGGAUGAUACCUGGAGUGAAUGUGUGUACUCUGGUGUCAGGCAGUAGGACGGGACAUGUUUUGGUCAAUGAAAUAAAAUGUUCAGGGGAUUAAACAAGGUAGUUAUGUGAAAGUCAUAUUUAAAUGUAAAAACUGAUGAAUGUAACACCAUGUGUAUCUUGGAAUAACUUGAGUUAGCUAGUGAAACCAUUGUACAGCUGUUUUGUGUUUUUCUAGGGCUGUCAGCAUUAACUAGUUAAUCCUGAUUAAUAAGGUCUAAAAUUAAUUAAAUGUUUUUUAAUUUGUUGAUGAUAUUUUGUCCCUUUAGCACACCAUGGAUAUGUCUCUGCAGUGCCCCGUGUAGUUACAGAGAUGGAAAAGAAUGUCACUAGUGUGAAUAAUGGAAUUUCAAACAUCCGAUUAAAGCUGCGAUUAAAAAGUUUAA